AUGGCCCAGGCUGUGAACCCGAAGGCCUACCCCCUGGCACCCGCCGCCCUGGCGCAGACCAUCAUGGACAUUGUCCAGCAGGGCGGCAACUACAAGCAGCUGCGCAAGGGCGCCAACGAAGCCACCAAGUGCCUCAACCGCGGGAUCGCUGAGUUCGUGGUGAUGGCGGCGGACGCGGAGCCCAUCGAGAUCGUGCUGCACCUGCCGCUGCUGGCGGAGGACAAGAACGUGCCGUACGUGUUCGUGCCGUCCAAGGCGGCGCUGGGAAGGGCUUGCGGCGUGACGCGGCCGGUCAUCGCCUGCUCGGUGACGGCCAACGAGGGCAGCCCGUUGAAGACGCAGAUUAAUUCGCUCAAGGUGGAGAUCGAGAAGCUGCUCAUCUGA